GUGGCGGCCAUUUUGUCCGCGGUUCCCUGACGUGAGGCGGCUGCGGCGGCUGCAAGACAAGCAAGAAGAAGAGGCAGCGGCAGUAGCGGCGUCUCCUCCUCUCCCUUGGUUCUCCGCCGCCCUCUCCCGCCGCGAUGCUGUCCGUGCGCGUAGCCGCCGCCCUCGCCCGCGCCCUGCCCCGGCAGGCCGGCCUGGUGAGAGAGACGCGGGAGCGGAGGGAGGGAGGGAGGUCGGUCCGUGUGAGGCGGCCGUCGGCGCCGCCAUCUUGGGGCCCUGCGGGUGACAUUGAGGAGGGGGGGAGGCUCCGUGCUCUUGCAGGCCUCGCUCCCCUGCGAGGCGGCCUCCCCUCCUCGCGUGUCGCUGGGCUCCACGGCGGGAAGGGGAGCGGGGUUGGAGGAGCUUCCCGUCCUCUCGCUUCCCUUCGCCCCUCGAGGCCUGGCAAGGUCACUGCGAAGGGAAACGGGUCCCCUUCAGCCGCUGCACGUUGGUGGGGGUCAGAGAGCAAAGGCCCUGUGCCCGGUGGUUCUUCUUUUUAAAUAAAGCCUCGUGAUUGUGAUUUAUUCUGUUUCUACGAUGACUUAUAAUGCGCAGGCAUUGGAAAGCAUGGGUGGUUGUCAGUGGUAAGAAAGAAAUAGCGAUAGUAAUGGUUGCUCCUCCAAUAUUCCGCCGUUUCUUUUUUAAAGGUUGCAGGAGAGGCAUUUUCACCCCUGAUUUGCUCCUCUCUGAGCUGCGAACAUCUUGGGCAGAAAUGCAGUUGGACUCCUUUUCCCUUUGAGGGUGCUGAACAUGUUAUCCAGUCCCCGUUGCCCGCAAUGCCUCUGUUCAAUUUCUUAAGUUUAUAUUUUCAAAGCAAUUCAGUUUCUGCAUCUACAGUCGCCACAGAAUGGUAGAGUUGGAGAAGACCCUGAGAGAGUCAUCUAGUCCAGUCCCCUGCAAUGCAGGAAUCUCAACUGGACCACACAUGACAGAUUAGAAUAUUGAGAAGUUUAAAUGUCUUUGAAAUGGAAUUGAAAGCCUGUAAAGACAGAACGCUAGGCAGACCUGCAGCUCCUGAUCCUGCAGCGACCAGAACCCAGAUGAGGACAGAGGGGGAAAGAGAGAAGGGAAGGCACAAGGGGAAAUCCUUGUGGAUACAUGGGAGUGUGCAUGAGCUCGUGGGUAGGAGAGAAGUGGCUGCUGUUGCAGGCAUACUUGCCUUGCCUUUCAGGAUGACAGCGCUUGUGGUGGUGUCAGCACAGCAUCGUCUUUUGGUAUUUGUGACCUUGGUGGCAUCUAAUAAGAGAAUUCUUUGGCAUUGCCUUUUUUAUGAGCUGUAUUUGCUCACCUUUUGCAUUUAAUCAGGGAUUGAGAAAACUGCCUCCCAGACAAGUUUGGGAACUUAAAAAGAUAAGUUCAGGGGUUGCAAAUGCAACCACUCGUUUGGGGUCUCCCCUGUAGAUCUACGUGUCUUGAAAGCCUGUAAGUGGUGGAAAGUCCUAGAGUUCUUCCUCCUCUGUUUUGUAAGAUAGGUGGUUUAUAUCUUCUUUAUUUUUAUUACUUGUUAUUUAUUUAAAAUUUAUGUUGCCCUUCCUCAGCGGAUCACAGGGCAGUUUACAAUAGAAAACACUAAUACAUCAUUCAUUGUUGACAAAUAUUUCAGUGUAAAUCUUCAUUCAUUCUAGCAAUAUACUUUGGUGGUGCAGCCCUAGGUUUCACAGCUGUGACUGCUGCUACAUAUUUGACAGUUCCAUCAGCUCUUCACAGUCCUGUGUCUUCACAGUUGCCAUUGCAUUACAGAGUUGAUCUAUUUGUCCUUGUUAUUCUUUUUGACCAAUUGGUGUUGAGAGAGUCCAUGUGCAGUAUUGCUUUUAGAUUGUACUGAAGGUCAUUCUUUAGAAAAGGCACCUCAAAUAAAAUUAUUUCAGAAUUCCCACAUAGUACUUGAAAAGAGCAACAAAUACUUGCAUCCAAUUUCAAAUGCAAGGCCUUACAUGGGAGAGAGCUUUUUUUAAAAAGAAACCUGGACAUCUCUAUCCAAGAGGGUGUCUGGGAUUGCCCCAUAUUUCCCCAAUUUUCAGUACAGUGACUUAUAUAGGCAUUUCUUUUGUCCUGUGAAUAGGUUUGUGCAAGAGUGAAUCUAUGAAAGAAACUUUUCAGAUGGCAGGGAGCUAGGCCCAUUCCUUCUCCCGGGAUUCUACAGAAGGGGAAUGGAGGAUGCCACUAAAAUCAAGAUAUUUGGGCUGAUUAUUUCUCUUGCAAUACCUUCCAGCCACUAAUACUGAGUAGUCUGUACAAAUCAUUAAGAUUUUGUAUCUUCUCUCUCUGUGUUAAUGGUGCCAAAACCUUACUUGUUAAAGUCACUUGCAGCAGUAUUGAAUCUAAAGCUACAAUCUUGUACAUUUCUACCCAGGAGAAAGCCCCAUUGGCUACAGUGGGUGUAUAAUCCCAAGUAAACCUGCAUACUAGAAAUGGACUGUACCAUAUGUCUACCUGUUCCAGAUACUGCGGUGAUUGAGAACGUUUUAGAGACCGAGUGCCCAAACUGCAACCCAAAACCCACUUACUUAUUGCAAAGUGCCAACACAGCAAUUUAACCUGAAUACUGAGGUUUCAGUUUAGGAAAAACAACAACUCAUACAUGCUUGGAGCAUGAGCAGCAGUUCGCAUGAUGCGCUUGGCUGGCUCUGCCUGACUCAGUAGAGGGGUGCAGAAUGGAGCGGGAGCAGCUGGGCUGGGCAGAGGUGUGGGUUACGUCAGAAAUGUCCUCAGGCUCCUCCCUCUGGCUUUCUAGUGGUGAACUCUGUGCUGGGGUGAUGGUGCGCAUGCCCACAGAGAGGGCUCUGAGUGCCCCCUCUGGCACGCUUGCCAUAGGUUCGCCACCAUUGAGAUACUGUAUACCAGUAACAUACCUUUAUGGUUGAAAUAAUCAAUAGCUGAUAUAUAAGAGCUGAUAACUGGAAUUAAGUAAACCCUGCGGGGAGAUGGAGUGAGGAGUAGCAAAAACAGGAGUGUGAUUUCAUAAAUGUCAAGAAAGUGAUAAUAAGUUGAACGUAAAAGUCAAAAUAUUUUUCUUUAUGCUAGGUUUCUCGGAAUGCUUUGGGUGCAUCAUUUGUUGCAACAAGGAACCUCCAUGCCUCCAAAACAAGUCUACAGAAAACAGGUGAGUAAAAAAUAAAUAUUUGGAAGCUCAACUUAGGUAAUAAAGUACGGUAGUGAUCACUGUUAAUUGCAGCUAAGCAUUGAUUUGGUGAAACAUUUGGAACCAAAAGAAAUACAUCCUAUUAUGUAGUAUAGCAAUUACCUGACUGGUUACGCUUAUAAAUGUUUUGGAAUAGGCAUAUUAACUGAAGUUUUAAUUGUCUGUUGGAGUUUUAAGAAACAGUGGCAGUUGGGCAAAUAGAAGAGCACUUUGAUUACCGUUUGAUUUGCCAUUGAUUUACCAUGAGUGUACAGAAUCAAGAAAUGAAACUGUUAAGCAUUCCAUCCAGCUUGCCUAACUCAUGCAAGCUUCGUUGAGUAAUUUGUAGAAAGGUGAGUCAAAUGUUCAAAUACAUCUUGAAAAUCUUGUCUGAAGGGUGUGAGGGUGUGAUAGAUCCACCAAAGGAAGAUAAAACAAUAAAUUGGAGGUUUUUUGCUUUUACAAUUGUAUAUCUGUUUUCUCUGUAUAUGGUUUCUUGCAUGCCAUUGGCUAGAAUAGAGAUGGAUACCUGAUCUUUCAUAGACUAGAGUCUUGUCACCACACCACACCACACAGAAAGAUGUGCUAUAAACAAGAUUCAGACCUAACCUAUCUUGUUUAAUCCAGGCUACCAGAAAUGUCACUUUUGAUGUAAAGUGAGCUAAGAUUCUAACGAGUCUCCCGGUGGCACAGGAAAUUUCAUUGUCAUGACUUAAAUUCUGCCAGGCACUGCUGAAGUAUCCUCAAUUCUUGAAGAGCGCAUUCUGGGCGCAGACACCUCUGCUGAGCUUCAAGAAACUGGCCGUGUGCUUUCCAUUGGUGAUGGUAUUGCCCGUGUGUAUGGCCUCAGGAAUGUUCAAGCAGAAGAAAUGGUUGAGUUCUCUUCUGGGCUUAAGGUAGGUUUUGUUUUCAUUGCAUCCGUAUUUGUAUUAAGUGCCUGUGUAAAACUUGCGAUUCUUAGUUUGAAGGUCUCUUCAUACCCUUUUGGUUACAUUGUGAAAGGUACCUAAUUAUGAGUAUUGUUGGGACUUGAAAUGUGGGUUAAAAUCAACUUGUUACAAAGAGGCUUUGCUCGCUAAAGAUAUGACCCCUACCGCUAUGAUUAUAGCUCUUAACAUAAUGUGCUCAGCCAUAGCAUAUCUUAUACGGAACUAUCAUCACUGUCUGAUACUGUUUUCAAACCUUAUAGCUUGGUAGAUUUCAGCUGGUUGUGGGAAUCUGCCCUGCCAACACUUGACUGGAGUGUCUCAUGAAUGCGUCUUUUCAAUUCCUUCUUAAAUUAACUUUCUUUCUAGGGUAUGUCCUUGAACUUGGAGCCUGACAAUGUUGGUGUCGUCGUAUUUGGUAAUGACAGGUUGAUUAAAGAGGGGGACGUUGUGAAGAGAACAGGAGCCAUUGUGGAUGUCCCAGUUGGUGAAGAGUUGCUGGGACGUGUUGUAGACGCCCUGGGAAAUGCCAUUGAUGGAAAGGUUGGUUUGUUAACGAUGUUUACUACUUUUGCAUGUCACUUAUCAGUAGUGAGCAAAUUUGGAAAAAUGAGAACGUUGUCUUCCUUUUAAAGGGUGCCAUCGCUUCCAAGAUUCGCAGGAGAGUUGGUCUGAAGGCACCUGGGAUCAUUCCUAGAAUCUCUGUGCGAGAGCCCAUGCAAACUGGCAUCAAGGCGGUAGACAGCUUGGUACCAAUUGGUCGUGGUCAGCGUGAGCUGAUUAUUGGAGACAGGCAGACAGGGUAAGGAGCUAGUGUCUCGCCUAACUCAAACUGCUUCGUCCUAACUGCUGUUAAGUUUUCUGUGAUGCAAAAGUGCCCCGUGAAUUCAGAAAAGUGUCUUAUUCUCAAAGCUCCCAUUUUUCAGGGAUCCCUUUAACACAUUGAUUUCUUGGCCAAGGACCCGAAUGCCCCUAUUUGAAAUCUCCUGGGAUUUGUAGAAGGCUCUAGGGCGUGUUUCUAAGGUGUAUCCAGUACAGGCAGUGCACUUGCUCUACAACAAACUGCCAAUGAAUUCCUGAUUAUAUUCACCUCACUGUAAAAUAAGAUUCAUAUAGACAGAGAAGCUUGUCCAUGAUGAUUAUGCUUGCACACAGUUAUGUUGUAAACUGCCUUGUGAUCUUCAGGUGAAUAGUGGUGCAUAAAUUUAAUAAAUAAUAGUUAUAAUAAUUUCCUCAAUGAGGAACCCUGAGGUUCCCCAAAAUAUAGCUUGAAAUCCUUUGUAAAAGCUUUGGACAGGCUGUAGGAAAUGAUGCUAACUGACCUGCUAUUCUCUUUGCAGGAAAACUUCAAUUGCUAUUGAUACCAUCAUCAACCAAAAACGAUUUAAUGAUGGGACUGAUGAAAAGAAGAAACUGUACUGUAUUUAUGUUGCAAUUGGCCAGAAAAGAUCCACUGUUGCUCAACUGGUGAAGAGGCUCACUGAUGCAGGUAUUUUACACAAACUUCCUAGAUGGAAGUGAAGUUUGUGGAAAUGGAUAGCAUAAAUGUUUUUUUAACUGCUUUUAUCUGUGUAUGAUUUAUCUAUAACUGUUUUGUGUACACAGCUUAGAAGUUAUUGACAGCAGAAUUUUUGUCAAGUUCCAUGUCCCGUUAUCUUGGUACUAAGCUCUGUUAGUUAAAGACCUGCUUUGCUUUCCUGAAACUGCAGCUUAAUUGUAUUUCUGUUAAAUGCUAAAUUUGCACAACUUACAGUGUGCCAGGGUAAGGACAAAUAGGAGAAAACAUUCCCCCUAGUUUCUGCAGAUACGAAGAGAAAUGACACACUUUUGUAAACUCUGCCAUUUACUGUAGCAAAGUCCCCCACUUUGAAAUACUGUGAGAAAAUGGUAUGGUGUGAUGGGGCAAAAUUUAGUAACUGAAUGGCUGUUAGCCAAUCUGUUUCCAUUUCCAUUUAAUUAGAAACUGACUGUAAUGGUUCUAGGGGUUGCUCGUGCGUAAGCCGGUGCUUAUCUCCCCGGCUGGGUGCAAACACCUGGCUGGGUUGCCAAAGUGAACCUUUUCUGUCCGGACAGCCACUCACCCGUGGCUGACUCAAUCGCUGGCAGGAUCCGUCAGUGGGCGUUUCUUAAACUUCUUCCAGCAAAGAAGCUCUUUGACGCCUAGUCUCCUCCUACUCUCUCUGCGCGAAAGCCUUCUGCGCAAGGAGGGCGUGGGCAACGGAGGACCCCUACUCUCCCCGCUGGUCCCAGGCAAGGAGUCAUGGGACCGCCUCGCCGCUUCCCCCAUCUGCCCCCCUUCUCUUCCCCAGAAGAUGGGCUGCUUCUCCCGAUCCCUGGACGCCCUCUGGCUUUUGCUCUCUCCCUCCGGCACUGAUGGCAGUUCCCUGACACUGACAAAACUGUUUUAAACCAUUUUUUCCAGAUGCCAUGAAGUACACUAUCGUGGUCUCUGCUACAGCCUCAGACGCUGCCCCCCUUCAGUAUUUGGCUCCUUAUUCUGGCUGCUCCAUGGGCGAAUACUUCAGAGACAACGGCAAACAUGCUUUGAUUAUCUAUGAUGACUUAUCCAAACAGGUUUGAAUGUGCUAUUGGCUUCUUAAUUUGCGGGGCACAAACUUGGACCUUAAGAAGAUUCUUGGAGCCGGUGAAACAGAUGUAACAUCUUUCUUGUAUCAACAGGCUGUUGCCUACCGCCAGAUGUCCCUGUUGCUGCGUCGUCCACCUGGCCGAGAGGCCUAUCCUGGCGAUGUAUUCUACCUGCACUCCCGCCUUUUGGAAAGAGCAGCCAAAAUGAACGAUUCCUUUGGAGGUGGCUCUCUGACUGCCCUUCCUGUCAUCGAGACUCAAGCUGGUGAUGUGUCAGCCUACAUUCCAACCAAUGUAAUCUCUAUCACCGAUGGUCAGGUAGGAUCCCAAAGCACUUAAUUGAGAAUCCGCAUACAGAAUGGUUUGGGAUGACCUGAAGUCCAUAUUGGGCCCAAUUGCAUUUCUUUAGUCACAUUAGUGUCUGGUAAAAUUAUAUAUUGGUUUUCCCCACAGAUCUUCUUGGAAACUGAGCUGUUCUACAAAGGUAUCCGCCCAGCCAUCAACGUUGGUUUGUCUGUGUCUCGUGUUGGUUCUGCUGCUCAGACAAGGGCUAUGAAGCAGGUAAGUGUAAAAUCUUAGUUAUAUUGACACUGGCUUAGCUAAGCAUUCAGUUUGUUGUGUUGGGAUGCAGGAUCACAGCAGCAGUAUUGUUCUGUUCUAGCAUUUCAUUAUCUCAAUUAGAACGGUUGAAUAAAAGAGGCUCACGUGAGUAUUCUCUGGUUAACAUACAUAAUUGCAUAUUCCAUGCUGCUGUCUCUGCAGGAAUGGGUUUAGUAAAAGUUUAAGUCGAAGCUAGUUUAGCAAAACCAAGGUUGGAAAUUUCUUGAGCAAUAGCAUAAUAUGCCAGACCUUUUCUAUAUCAAUUCUGCUUAGACCAUUUUUGUCAAAUUGUUGUACCUCCUGGUCCUGGCUCCUCUGACUUUGAGCAAUAAUUUCUGUAGGACAAGAGAGUACUCUUGAGUGACUUGCAAUAUAUUGGCAAUGAUCUCUGACUAAUAUCAUUAAUCUGAUUGAUUAACAAUGGCAAUAACAAAAAGGCACUAAAUUUAGCUGCUGUGGGUGACAACUGUUGAAACGAAUGACAACUUCCAUAUGAAAAUAUUGUGAGCUUAGUUCCGGUACUGAGAAAUGUUUGGCGGCAGCUUGUUCCUUAAUUCUAGGCCUGUGUCAGGCCGCUGAGCUGCCAUUUGUACCUAGCACCAAUUGGUGGACCUUAGCAUCCUAGUAAAAACACAGUUGUUUGCCCAGGCCUGAAGCCUGCCCAUCCCUGACAAUGCCAUAUUUAAUCUAGAUAGUUAACUGUGACCACUCCUAUAUUGUCAUAGCAAUUCUGAUGGUCCAGGAGGUAGCUGAAAACACAGGCCGGCAAGCAGAAAGUGUUCAGAAUGAUUUGCCUAGAAAAGGCAAUAAGCCUGUCCACUCCUUUCUCUAGGUGGCCGGAACCAUGAAGCUGGAACUGGCUCAGUACCGUGAAGUAGCUGCUUUUGCCCAGUUUGGGUCAGAUCUGGAUGCUGCUACUCAGCAGCUGCUCAAUCGUGGUGUACGACUGACUGAGCUGCUUAAACAAGGACAAUAUGGUAAGAAUUCUGCAUGACUUCUGGUUCUAACACACCCUCCCCGUGUCACACAAGGCUGAGGAACGUUUUUCAGUCCAAGGUCUGCUUUAUUCCUUCUGGACAAUCUUCUUUUUUGGGAGGGGGGGGCUCUGGGCCAGACACAGAAGUGGGCCAGAGGCAAAAUUACAUUGUUAUCCUUUGUAUCUUCUACACACAUCCCUCUCUGUUGUCCAGCCAGGCAAGCAAGAGGCAUUAUCAGAGUUCAAGGGCACAUUCCAGCCAGGCAGAAAAAUUCAAGGAUUGUGAAAAGCAGGGUCUCUGUGGGGUGCCCUAUGCCUGAUGCAGUUGGUCAAGGUUUGCUGAAUGACUCCUCAGUUUAGUUGAAAUCUUGCUGAGCACAAAUAAGUGUAGAAAUAAAGCAUGUGCCUGCUCGUAUUCCAGUGUUUAGAAUGAGGUAGUCAGAAACCUUUCCCGACUUUGCAGAUCUUUGGGUCCCCUAUGGGAGGAUAUAACUUCUUUCUUCCUCCUUUUCUGAGCUCCUGUUAGGCCUAAUGUUGUAGCAUUGCCUAAAUCCAUCACUAUCACUUCGGGUGUUGCCGAACAGAGCUGAUGUCUGGGCAAAAUAGAGCAAUUAAUAUAAAACUUUCUCUUUUCCUGAAUCAAUUCACCGUAUUUGAUCAAGGGAGAAUGCUUAUUUGCUGAACAUGAAAGAGACAUUCCUUGCACAUAUGCAUGUGUGGGGAGGGGGAAAGAGAAAUGUGAUUUUCCUGUGUCUGGCUGGGAAUCUUGGCAGUCUUAAGAGGUUUCCCUGCAACUCCUGGAGGUCGCUGAGCAGAGAAGUAUCUGCCUUGAGCAGUAGCUUGAUCCUUUCUAUUAAGGGGAGUGUGAAGUGUUAUUAACUUUCUGUACCAAAUCCUGUUGCCCCUGUCUUAACUAUACUUAGCAUAGGCACAGGUUUGCUGUGUCUUGCGGCACGCUAAUGACCAAGUGGUCUAACCUAAGUUUGCACAUUUCUCUCUCUAGUUCCCAUGGCUAUUGAGGAACAAGUUGCAGUUAUCUAUGCUGGGGUAAGAGGCCACCUGGACAAGCUGGAGCCCAGCAAGAUCACGAAAUUCGAGAGUGCUUUCCUUGCUCAUGUUCUGAGCCAGCAUCAGGCCCUCCUCUCCACAAUCAGGUAAAAUAGACUAGAAGAUUUCGGUACAACCUUCCACUUGCUUGUGAGGCAGUCAUAAAUUUCUAUGGAAUGACUGUGGUUUUGAACAACUGAAAGUUCUUAUAGUUCUGUGCAUUAUUGUUAAAAGAGCAGCAGUGACUUUAUAAAAACAGUGCAAAGUUUCACUUGGAAGAGCUGCUUCAAGAGGCUGCCUUUGGAUGGCGCACAGCACUGCAUUUAAUAUUUAGGUUCAUUUUAUAGUAUUGUUAAAUAUGGCGAUUUAUGGGAAAUGGUGGGGGUGGGGGAAAGAGAAAGCUGGUGGCAGAAGAAGUUGUUGCAAAAGGGUUGAAGUGAAGGAGUAGCUGCUACACAGUCUGCUAUGGAUGAGAGUUGAAAUUUGGUUGGUUUUGCCUUGACAGGACUGAUGGGAAGAUCUCUGAACAAACUGAAGCCAAGCUGAAGGAAAUAGUCACAAAUUUCCUGGCAACAUUUGAAGCAUAAACUCUUUGACAGUUCUCUAUACAAGGCAUAUUUUGUCACUGAACGGUGGUAGCACUCUGGUUCCAUUUUUUACCAGAGGCUUAAUAAAAGGUAUGUGUGAGUUGAAUGUACAGAUCUCAUUGAGAAUUAAAAGUUCCAUGUAAAGAAGUCUUGUGGCCAUAGUGCUCGCUGCGAUAGUGACCUGCUGGCAACCGACAUAGGUGUGUACAUGGCAAAUAAAAUCUUGCAAACCAUACUGAUUUUUCAUUAGGGUAAUACUUUUAAGACUCAGUGCAAACAUUGCACACUGUCAAUUAAAGAACAAAAGCUUUCUUUUAAAGGCUAUUUGCCCUUAAACACACAUGUGGGAGAGUUGCUUUGCCUCUUUGCCGUACUGCUCAGACUUUCUAACCUGGGGGUUGAUAAUGUGGUUUGGGGUUAGGUGGUUGGAAUAGUAGGAUGGGAAGGUGGGUUUGGGUGGCUGCAAAAUGGGCAUCAGAGUUUUAAUCCAUUGUACAAGUUGCUUGUACAGGCCAGACUGUAGCCCUGCCCCAUUCUAAAAGGGGUUUACUCAGGUGGCCAAAACCACAAGUUUCGAACAGCCUGUUUUUCCUUUCAUUGUCCACAAUCGGAGACAGUUCACCAAUGAGGGAACCACCUUAGGUGGCACAUCAGCCUCCAAGAAGCACAUUGCCUGCCAACACAUUGCCAGAAAACUAGUCUCACCCCUUUUAGAAAUGUUUUGGCCUUGUAGAGGAAAAGAAAAGUAUUGGCAAGAAACACACACAGGCCACUUCUCUAAAACACAUAUUGGAAAGGUAGGUGCACAAACGUCUCAACACAGCUAUAUUUUUUCCUAUGUGUGUAUUCAGGCGUAUGUGCAAACAGGUUGGUGGCAUCUGCUGCACCUUGAAACUUUGCUUCUGCCUUCAUCCCUCAAUGAGACAUCACAUCCAACACUUUCUGGCAUGUUUUCAAGCACCUAAAACUGCCCUUAGCUGGAGGGUGGGGGAGAGACGUGGCUCUCCAGUUUGCACAUUUAGGAUUACACGGCUUGUUUGACUAGGAGGUGCUUUUCCUUUGACUCUUAGAACAGUUUCACAAACUUUGGCCUCCAGCUGUUUUUGGACUGCAAUUUCCAUCACUCCUAGCUAGCAGAACCAGUACAUUAAAUGUAUGGACCAGUAGAGGGCAGCACAUGUACAGACAAUAAACCCUAGGGCACUGUGCAAUAAAAAACAUGAAAGCAUUGUGUUACAUGAAUAUGCCUGCUUGGCUGUGUUCAUUUGACUCCUUGAAACCAAUUGCCCAUCUUCCCAAGCUGCUGUCCUUCUCCACUGCCUUGUAGUUCUUAGCACCCAGCCCUUUCCUAGAACUUAGAUAAUAUACUCCCUCAGAUCCUGUUUCACCACCUCAUCUUUCUAGCCUUUACCAUUCCUUAACACCCCACAAUUCAACCUUUUUCCUAUUUUGACUUUACCCAACCAGAUACAUUCUAGGUAUUUUAGGCUACGACUCCCAUCAAUCCUAGGUACUGUAGCCAAUGGUCAGGAAUGGUGGGAAUUAAAAAGUCCAAAACUGGAGAACGCUAGGCAGGGGAAGGCCAUGGCACUGGACCUGUGAGUUUCCUGACCAUAAAUGAUUGCCAUGCUCAUUCUAGAUCUCCUUGCUUAGCCUCCCUGCCUUUCAGGGGAUGUGCUGCUAUGGGAGCUAACAAGGCAGUGAUGGGCAACCUGUUGUCAUCCUGGUGCUGCUGGACCUCCAACUCCCAUCAACCCCAGCCAGCAUGGGAUAAUGGGAAUUGCAGUUCACCCAUGUAUCCAGGGCCACAGGUUCCCCACACUUGUUCUAAGGCAGCAGUCUCCCCUACUCCCCAACAACAUGACCAGAGGACUUUGGAAUCUCCCAUGCAACAGCUCUCUGCCAAUACAGCGGUACCUCGGGUUACAGACGCUUCAGGUUUCAGACUCCGCUAACCCAGAAAUAGUACCUCGGGUUAAGAACUUUGCUUCAGGAUGAGAACAGAAAUCGUGCUCCGGUGGCGCGGCAGCAGCAGGAGGCCCCAUUAGCUAAAGUGGUGCUUCAUGUUAAGAACAGUUUCAGGUUAAGUACAGACCUCCGGAAUGAAUUAAGUACUUAACCCGAGGUACCACUGUAAUGUGCAAAUGAGGCCUUAGAGCAAUGGUGACCAGACUUUUUCUCCCCACCCCAUGGACCACUUGAAAACUGCUAAGGGUCUUUGCAAACCACCUAGUGAUUUUUCUGUCCUAGUCAUUGCUGGAUGAUUUGUAAUGGUAUUUUAUUGUGUUAGAAUUCCAUAGCAUUCAAUAUUAAAUGCAAUAUAAGAAAUAAAAAGUAAUACAGUU